CAACCCCUCCCAACCCCCCCAACCCUCCCCCCCCGCCGCGGCAUGGCCGCCAUCAUCAAGAAACAGAUCCUGAAGCACCUGUCCCGGUUUACCAAGAAUCUCUCUCCAGACAAAAUCAACCUGAGCACCCUGAAGGGGCAGGGGCAGCUGACCAACCUGGAGCUGGAUGAGGAGGUGCUGCAGAAUGUGCUGGAGCUGCCCACCUGGCUUGCUAUCACCCGGGUCUACUGCAACAAGGCAUCCAUCAGGAUCCAGUGGACAAAACUGAAGACUCACCCGAUCUGUUUGUACCUGGACAAAGUGGAGGUGGAGAUGCGGACGUGUGAAGAGCCCAGGCCACCCAAUGGACAGUCUCCCAUUGCACUUGCAGCCGGCCAGAGUGAAUACGGCUUUGCUGAAAAGGUCGUGGAGGGGAUGUUCAUUGUCGUCAAUUCCAUCACUAUCAAGAUUCACUCCAAGGCCUUCCAUGCUUCUUUUGAGCUAUGGCAGCUUCAGGGCUACAGCGUCAACCCCAACUGGCAGCAGAGCGACCUGCGGCUCACCCGCAUCACUGAUCCACAGAGAGGGGAGGUUUUGACGUUCAAGGAGCUCACCUGGCAGACGCUCCGCAUUGAAGCAGAUGCGACUGACAAUGGUGAUCAGGAUCCUGUUACUACUCCUCUGAGACUCAUCACAAACCAGGGGAGGAUACGGAUCUCUCUCAAGAGAAGGACCAAAGAUUGCAAUGUGAUGGCAUCAAAGCUGAUGUUUCUCCUCGACGACCUUCUCUGGGUGCUGACAGACUCUCAGCUGAAAGCAAUGAUGAAAUACGCAGAGUCUCUGAGUGAAGCCAUGGAGAAGUCUGCUCAGCAGAGGAAGAGCUUGGCACCAGACUCUGUGCAGAUCACACCACCAGCUCCCAGUACCCAGCAGUCCUGGUCCCAGCCAUUUGGAGUCAGCCCAAACGCAACCAGCAUUGGUCAGUACUUCGAUAAACAUGACAUGAAAGAGUCGUCCUACCACCUCCUCAUCUCACGCCUGGAUCUGCACAUCUGUGACGACAGCCACACUCGAGAGUCAGGCACUUUGAAGCAUGGGAUGCUGGGAGGUGCCAUGCAGCUGACCUUUAGGAGGAUGGCUUUUGACUAUUAUCCUUUCCAUAGGGCAGGAGAUGCCUGCAAGCAUUGGGUGAGGUACAGUGAGGCAAUGGAGACACGGGGACAAUGGGCAAAAAGGUUGCUCAGUGAAUUUCAGAGCAAAGUUGAGAAGCAUUACGAAGAAAUGGAUGCUGCCUUUGCCAAGACUCCACUUUCUCCCUUCAAAAAGAAAGCAGAUACGUCGCUGAGUCCUCAGAAGAGCCCCUUGGAGAAGGGCCGUGGAGCUCCCUGCACUCUGCCCCAACUCCGGCACCCCCCCUGGCACCGCCUGCGGUCCAGCUGUGUGCUGCUGCGCGUGGACGACUUGGAUGUUCACCAGGUUUCCACAGCUGGCCAGCACAGUAAGAAACCUUCCACCCUGCUUUCGUGUAGUAGAAAAUUCCUCAACCUGCCUGAUCAGGUCUCUGCAAUCCACAUUGAAUUCACGGAGUAUUACUUCCCAGACAAUCAAGACUUUCCAGUUCCUUGCCCAAACCUGUAUGUACAGCUGAAUGGUCUGACGCUGACCCUGGAUACAGCAAGCAUGCUCUGGAUAAACCUCUUCUGUCUGGAUCUUUAUCGCAGCCUGGAGCAGUUCAAAGCAAUCUACAAGCUGGAGGACUCAGGCAAACGUGAUGAGCAUGUUGAUGUUCGACUGGAUGGCUUCCAGCUGAAGCUCAGCAUCCCCGUGGAGAAGAAAGUCACUGCCCAUCAGGAUCGCCCGCAGGCGCUCUGCGUUCACACGUCAGAGAUGACUGCCACCAACACCCGCCAUGCUCCCUUCUGCAGCUGCCAGGACCUCCAGAGCCUCUUCCGUAAAUUUGCUGGUUCAGAAUUCUUCCACUCCAGCUACACCCAAUUCCCACGAUCCCAGGACAAUUUUAACCUCCUCCAUACCCUUUUCUUGCGCCACGCCUACGAGGUGGAUGACAGACCUCAGAAGCAUUCGGGUUUUCCUCAGCCGCUGCGCAAAACCUCUGCCUCUGAGGAUCUGUGGUCUGUGAAUUUCACUGAGCUCUCCCUGGACUUCGAGGGUGCUGAGAGCUCAAAGGGCAGAGCCCUUAGCUUUAUUGACCCGUUUCCCCUUUCCGUUUGGGCCUGUCUUCCCAGGAGAUGGGGGCAAGCUCAGAUAUCUAAACGACAGCCAUCAUCUGUCUCUGAUUUGAAAAUCAAGCCUUCUGCCAGUUUUAGCAAUCACUCCAAGAAUGAGAACCUUCCCAGAGAGCAUGGAGUUUGUCAAAGAUCGAGAACUGACCAGGAUCUGAAGAGCAUCUACAAGGUUCCAGAGACGAUGGAUGCCUUGGGAGAAUCUGAGUGUGAACUUAACGAUGGAGUAGAUGACAAAGAGCUGGAAGCCUCUGCUGAUAUCCACGUGCUUUUGUCCUCCUCUGUUCAUGUCAAAGUUCGUCUCAACCACUACCAAUACUUGGUGCUGCUCAGGAUGAAGGAAGUUCUGCAAACACUACAGGAGCAGCUGACCCAAGAUACCCAGGAGGUGACUGGGUGUCCUUUAGAUCCCAUGUCUGCUUCGGUAGGAGUUAUGUUCCACAGUGCUGAAGUGGCCCUGCUCAUGAACCCCACACCAGGCUCUUGCUUGGAACCCAAAUCCCUCGACUCAGAUACAACAAGCCUGAUAGAGUCGGAGCUCUCACCUUCAGACAGCAAGGAGGGAUUGGCAGCUGAAGAGAAGGAGCUGGCAGCUGAGGAGAAGGAGCAGAAAUAUGAGACCGGUUCAGAAAAGGGAAUGUGCAGAACCACAGAGGUCCCAGAGGACAACGAGGCUGAAAAUACAGGCACCAGUGGAACCAGUGUGCCACUGGAGAAGCUUCCAAAAUCUGCAAGUGAUGGAGCUCUGAGCGCAGCUCCAAGUAAGAGCAUGGAGGAGAGAGGUCUGAUAGAGGAAGCACGUGAAGCUGUGGAAGCCCUGGUUGCAGAAGGAGCAGAAGAGCCUAGCAGCCAUCCUCAGAGCCCUCCUGCCCUCCCCAUUAGCCCAACCUCAACCAGUGCCGGCCCUCCAGCAGGAGGAAAUCCCACUCUCAAUGGCCAGGCAGAGCUCAUCCCUUUGAAGAACCUAGAGGUGGAGCUGUCUAGUGCGCUGCAUAUCACAAAGGAUGCCACCAAGGAAGCUCUGCAUGCUACAAUGGACCUCACCAAAGAAGCUAUGUCUAUAACAAAAGAUGCUCUGAGCUUGAGCCGCGAGAAGAUGACCUCUACUGUGCAGAAAAUGCUCUCUCUCCCCCCAGCCAAGGAUUCUGUGCCCAAAGCAGAAGAGGGGGCAGUGACUCCAGGGGGUGGCAGCAGCCGGAUGCGUUUCUUCUCCAUGAAGAGGACAGCAUCCCAACAUUCCUUUGAUACCACGUCUGUGGAUGGGAGUGGUCCUGAGGAUGGGCUGUCUGUGGACAGCGAUGGCAGCGAUGGCUUUGUAAUGCUCACAGACUCUGAGCCCAGCCUGGACCCUCUCCCUUCAGGGCAUCUUCUCCAGGUGCACAGCAAUGCAGGCAGCAGAGCAAACCUGGUGGCAGAGGAUGAGAGCGGAGCAUCUCCUGAGAUAAACAGCUCAGCUUCACAGAGUGAGGAGCCCAGCCUGCAGCUGGUGUCUGUCCUUCUACUGAAGAUGAACGAGGUGAACUGUGCAAUAGAGGCACGAGGUGAUGAUUUGUCUGUUGCUUUACAAGUCAUGAACGUGGUUCCAGAGCAGCUGAACAAUGUGGGGAUGUGGCAAUACCUGCGUGGCUACGUGGGAGAUGCAGACGUGGAGAAGCCUUCAGCCCCUGAAGCUGCUCAGACCCAGCCAGAAGUGUGCUUGCGUCUUGAAGCAGGACCUCAUGCUGCUGUGCAUUCCCCACUCGCUGUUCAGAAUGGCUUCCUUCAAAUGCUGGUCCGCAGUUACACAGCAGAGUUCUUCAUGUCCUUCCUUACCAACCUCGGCCCCUUCCUCGAGGAUGAAGUUAUCCCAGAGGUGAUCCCCAUGGAGAUUGAAGUCGUGGAUGCCAAAAUCACGUUGAAGGAUGACAGCCCCCAGAUAUACCCCACCUCCCCUGGCCCUGUUCCUGUCACCUUGGCAAUAGAUCACGUCCUCGUGAAGCGCAGAGAUGAUGGAGUUUUCUACCUAACAGCUCCACAAGGGGAGGGCUCACCGAAACUGGAAAAACCUGUGUCAGUUCUUCAGGACCAGAAGGCCCCAGUUUUGGCAGCACCAGCAGGAGGGAUACGUGGACUGCAGUUAAAGGAAGUGCCAGAGUUGCAAAGAGAGCUUCAGAACAUGAAAAUAGCCCUUGCAGAAGCCAACAUGGACAAGGCUCGCCUUCUGCAGGAAAUUAGGAAAUACAAUCCCCUCUUUGAGCUCUGACAGUAGGCUGCAGCUGCUCGGGAGGAGUGGAGACCACCACCAGCACUAAGGCAGCGGGUUUGAUUCCAUCGCUGCUAUAAACAGGUCAACCUCCUGGAGAACUGAUUGUCACAAAGAGUGGAAACCCAACUGUGAUUGCAAAAUACUCUUCAAACAGGGAGAAAGGGCAGAGCUUGGCCGAGCAGCACGGAAGCAAUGAGGAGUUACCCCUGUGCUGCCACUUUCCUCUGUCCUGGCAAUAUGGUGCUACCACCUGCCACUGAACCAGGGCAGUGCUCAGUCUGCAAACAAAAGCUCUGAAGUUGGAGUGGGGACACCGUGGCUCUUCAUCCACACGGUGGUAGAGACAGUCUGCUUUCAGCCCUUCUGCCUGGAGGUGGUUGGCGUUAGGAUUUCUGCUUUUUUUCAGCCUUCCUCUUUGUGUUCUUGCCCAAUGACACGUGCCAAAGAGCACAGCAAAAGGAGUGCAGUUAAAUUCACAGCAUCAAGGAGUGGCAGGGAAUAGGCAGGGCAAAAAACGUGGCUCGGAGCUGUGAUGUGAAAGCAUGUGUAUUGUCACACAGAGAGAGAAACUGAGGUCAGGGGGUGUGGGAGAUGCAGAAGGGAUUUCCCCAUGUGGGGGAAGGGAGCUACAGCUCAUCAACCCCUCAAGGACAGAGCCAGGAUAAGAAGAAUUCUUUCAGGUUUCUUUUUCCACCACUGGGAAAAAGAGGUGGUGGUGUAUUAGACUUAGUCUGACUCACUCUCAAUCCUGCAACAUUUGGCUUCAUUGAUGCAGAAGCAAAGAGGAAUUUGUCAUUUCAUUACCGAGUGCUGUUUAUUCUGUCUUUAAUUUUGCAGUCAAAGAAUAGAGGUGAUGGAAGUUGGCUGAACCAUGGAAUGAAGCCUUUGUGUUUCCUUUGGGACACGUGGUGUCCUUAAACCAUUGUGUUUCCCAACUUUCACCGGUGGAGAGAGGGAACACCAAGAAAUAGCUGUCUGCACUCCUUCAGGGUCAUGUAUUUUUAAUAGCACUGAGCUCAUGCUCAGUGUUACAUGUCUUUUAGCAGGGAUUCUGGUGUGUGGGUCAGGAGAAGGGUGCUGAGCAGGGCCCCCUAGGUGCAGGCUGACAGUGCUAAGUGCUCACUGGGGGAUGGAGGUGAAAAUAAGCAGGGUUUGUAUUCUUUGUGUUCUUACUUUUGCUAGAAGUCUGCGUGGUUGAAUGGGGGACUGGUCUAAGUAGUAAAGAAACUGCCUCUGAAAGUGUGCAUGGAAAAAGAAAUGGGAACCUGGUAAAAGAGGAAAUAAGCACUUGUUUUAAGAGCUAAGAAAGGAAAUGUAAUUUAUGAAGUGCAAAGAUCAAAUCCACUGCUAUAGGGAACUGGGUGUGUGGUUUCUUUGCUGUGCUGGUCCAGGUAGUGCACAGACUACAUGCUGAAUGAGGAGCAGCUGUGAGGGGCAGAAGUUGGUUGUGAAGGGAAGAGCUGUUACAAAGGAGAAUUUGUGUUGUUCUGGCACAGCAUGGUGGAACAUUCACCCCCAUCUGUGUUCAGGGUGAGUGCCCAUCCCUCCCCAUCAAAUGUAGCAUCUGUACUGUGUGCAGAAUUCAUGGGAGUUCAGCAGAUUUCAGGUGCAUUUUCUGAUUGUGUAAAGGCACGCAGUACCCAGAACUUUCUUCUAUUGGAUUUUUCUUUUUGUGUGUGUGUGUGUGUGACCAUUACUUCGUUGUAAUUAGAUUAACUAAAGUAAUAGAAGAUUUUAAUCCUGCUUGCUAUGCAAGGAACACCCUCUGAUUUACAAGCCAUGAGUAGCUGAGGCCUGGGAGCUACACAAAAGCAAGCAGUGAUGUAGGAGCUGAGUUUGCUCUGAUGUACUUGUCCCUUUGCCCAGCUCUGGAGCUGCUGAGCAGUUUACAGACACUUUAACAGACACUCCUGGUACCAGUUGAGCUCUCCUGUAGCUCUGGGGGCAAUAGGGACAUAUUUGCAGCACGGGGUUGGGCACAGAGGCGCUGCUGGCUGUGGUUUGUGGAGAGCUGGGAGCGUCCCUUGCUGUGUUUGUUAGCUCACCCUCUGUAAAAGAGGGUAGGUAAGAGACAGAGGCUGAUUGUCUACUGUCACUGUUAAGAUCAUCAGUGUGAUUUGGUGUCUGACUCCAUUAUGCUGAAGGUAGCCCUGACUAAUGUUCAUUGGGAGCAGCGCUCAGAUGCAGGGUCUGAACAGCCUCGGGCAGACCAUGCUGCUGAAAUGCAGUGUUUGUGGUGUCUUUGCCUGCCAAGCUGUGACCGACCGUGCCUCCAAUCAGCUGUGACAGCAGCAGUGAGAGCCUGACCUGCCUUCUGGAAACUAGAAGCAGAUGGGCACAAAUGAAUGGAAAGGAGGAGAGUUUGCCUUUGGCAGAGAGCUCUGCGCCCGCCACCCACUCUGCAGGGCUGGAGCUGAUGUUUGGUGCUGUGCCUUUCACAGUUUGCUUUCCCUCCUCCUCAGGAGAGGUCCUCUCCUCCUGGUUCCUGUUAGACAGCUUUGCUGUUUUCUCUGGAGCGCGUUCUGUGACCCAUCCCCAGCUCAGUGCACAGCUCGGUUUGUGUUGCUGCAUGUGAUGGAGCAACGUUCUGGAGCAGCCUGUCAGGCCUGUUCUCUAGAGGAAAAAGCACUUUAACUUUCUAAGCAUCAGCGGGCAUUUCCUUCACCAAUACUGCCUCGUGCAUAGAAUCCAGAAGUAAAAGCAGGGGUCAGAAGUGCAAGAUAUCUUCCAUACUGAAAUAAAACUCUUUUCGUGAGCAGUUCUCAUAGUAAAGGAAGGAGGUAACAAAGUCUCUGUGUAUCUCCAGACUUGCUGUGAAACAAACCUAUAUGCAAAAGCUCACUGUAAGUACCAUUAUGAACUGCACAAAGCCCACAUAAGCAGAAGUUGAACUUUUGGUCAACCUAUAUGCUUCUGUGCUUUCCUCUUUCUGUGUGAAGCAAGAAAUGCAAGAACGCUUGCCUUAGGUGGAAUGCAAUGCUAUUCUUCCUUUUUAUUCACUAACUGCUUGAAAAUGAGGUUCCUUUCUUUCACACUUCAUGACUGUUUGAGUAGAGCUUCAUCUCCAGCCAGCACAGGGAAUGGAUGGGGCAGAAGGGGCUUUCUGCAACAUGGUGCCUAUUUGCAGUGUCACAGAACUCCUUACCUCUCUUUCCACGUGGGCAGGCAGACCAGAGCUGGGCCCAAGCUGUGGGCAGCAAUUCUCUUGCUUCAGCAACUCGAGUGCCCCAGUUCUGUGUGACAAUUAAAUCACUUCCACUGUCUUCUGCUUUAAGUGAGAGAAGUACUGUAAAACACCAUCCCCUUCCUUUCUACGAGGCGUAGGCAUGGGAGGACAAAAACUCCACUGAUAAUGAUUAGCAAAGUUUACUUUUUAGAGCCUUUUAAGGGCUCUGUGUUAUGAGAGCCAACUUAAUCCUUUGUGUAACUACAUGGCAGUUACCCUAGGAAAAGCACGUGGCCUCAGCAUCUUUUACAUUUAGUUAGAAGUGUGCUCAAAGGGGAUUACUGUAUGUACAGGUGGGCGAUGUACAAGUCUGAACUUGAAUUUUAGGCAGUAUUGGAACUUUGUUGCAGUAUAUUUCCACUCAUGCAUUUAUUGGUUCUGUGAACCAUGAAAAGAAAUUAAACUUGUUAACCUCCA